AUGGGUUCGAUUGAGAAAUACACCGACUUCAGGAGCGAGUCCGUAGGUGGCUUACCGUUCUUCACUCCCAAACAGACAUUACCAGUCGGGACGGCCAUUUUGAAACCUGAGAAAGGCAUCACGGUGGACACCGUCAGUCCUGCUUUUAGGCCGUUAACAAUCCGGGGAUUGACGUUUCAAAAUCGCAUAUGGGUGGCUCCGAUGUGCAUGUACAGUUGCGAAGACGGCAUGUUCAGCGACUUCCAUGUUGCCCAUUAUGGGCAGUGGGCAAUGAGGGGUGCCGCUCUCAUCACACUGGAGGCCACUGCUGUGACAGAGCAAGGGAAGAAUACACCGCAGGACGCCGGGCUGUGGAAGGAUGAGCAGAUUGCGCCAUUGAGGAGGAUUGUCAACCUCAUACACUCCCAGUCCCAGAAGGCCGGGAUUCAACUGCAACAUGCCGGUCGGAAGUCUGGCAUAUGUCCUCCAUGGUUAGGUCUAAAGCUUGUGCCAGCUGAAUUCGGUGGUUACGCCCAGCGUGUUCAAGCCCCAACUGCUGAGCCAUGGAACGAGAACUAUGCAACACCUGGAGCCAUGACCGAAGAGGAAAUAUGGGACACCAUCGAGGCUUAUGGCGCAGCAGCAAAAAGGGCGGUUCAGGCCGGUAUUGAUGUCAUUGCGGUUCAUGGUGCUCAUGGUUAUCUCAUUCACUCGUUUGCUUCCCCAGCUAGCAACAAGAGGACGGACAAAUGGGGUGGAAGCUUCGAGAACCGCACUCGUCUCGGUGUUGAGAUCGUCCGCGCCAUCAGAAGGAACAUCCCGCCCACGAUGCCGUUAUUCUGGAAAAUAUCCGCAAUUGACUGGCUCCCUCCUGGAGAGGGCUGGGAGCUGGAGGAUACUUUGCGCUAUGCGCCUAUUCUGGCCAAAGAAGGCGUCGACCUAGUUGAUACUUCCAGCGGCGGCACUGACAGGAGACAGAAAGUCCAGCUGGGUCAACAAUAUCAGGUUCCCUUUGCACAGGCUAUCAAGUCGCUGUGCAUUCCGAACUUGUUUGUGGCGGCUGUCGGUUGGAUCAGGGAUGGAGCCACGGUUGGGGACAUCCUCGGCAACGCGAAAGCUGAUGUGGUCCAUGUCGCCCGCGAGUUCCUUCGGGACCCCAACUUCGUUCAGAAGGUGGCUCUAGCAACAGGUACUGAAGUAUCUUGGGUCGAUCAGUACCACAGAGCGCCAAUGAACGGGAAAUACGUGGAGUCAACGACGAGUAUUACGACCGAACGAAAGGCCGACGACGACGUUACCAAGUCGCAUGACAAUCAAGCGGGUAACAAAACCAUCAAGUAG